AUGCCCGCAAACCGACGGCAGCAGACUGUCAAAUCCCCUCUCUCGCCGACCUUUCCAGCGACUCAAAAAUACACGAACAAGGAUGGUUCCAAAUUCAUAAGCAUUCCGAAGAUUUCGAACGUCAGCGACUCCUCCGACACGUCUCCAGCUAUGGCCCACACGACCACAAAACCGAAUGGUCAUCUGCCAACACCUCCUGCUGAUACCAACAAUGGUGCGCCCACGGUUAACCGCAAGAAACAGAAGCGUAGAGAGAAACUGGCCGCGAAGCUUGCUGCGGAACAGCCAUCAAAAAAUCUUACCAAUGGUGCUCAAGCAACUCCCGGUAGCCUCAGACGAAUGCAGGACGUAGAUGCGCGGUUUCGGGGUAACGGUUUAGAAGACCAGUACAGUGAGAACGGGCAAUUCGAUCAACCCGAAGAAUAUUACAAUAGCGAGGACCAAGACGAUGAAUAUUCGGGGUCUUAUGGCCGUGACGGGUCUUCUGCCAAUGGAUACGCGAUUUCAACAUUAAACAGCCCUGGGUCGAAGUCAAAGAAGAAGAAGAAAUCGUCAAAGCCAGCCAUGUCAGACAUACCUCAUCAUAUGCACCAUGCAACAAAUGGCUUAUCUCACGAUCAUGUAUCUCUCCCUUUACCACCGUUAGCACCCACGAACAUACCCCGCGGUCCCGGCAUAUCCAAGGAGAAAAUAUGGAACACCUCUUCCCAAGAAGAGCGAGAACGAAUAAAGGAAUUCUGGUUGUCUCUUGGCGAAGAUGAACGUAAAUCGCUGGUCAAGGUAGAAAAAGACGCGGUACUUAAGAAAAUGAAGGAACAACAGAAGCAUUCAUGUAGUUGUACCGUUUGUGGACGAAAACGCACCGCUAUCGAAGAAGAACUUGAGGUCCUAUAUGAUGCAUAUUACGAGGAAUUAGAACAGUACGCUCAUCACCAAGGCCCUGCAGUUCCACCGAUAAUGCCUUCGUCUCGGCGCUUCGGUGCCAUGAGCGGUUUGCAACCUCCUCACCGGUUACCCCCAACGUUCAAUCAGCAGCCCUCUCGAGGACGGAUAGUCGAACAAAUGGGCGACGAUGAUGACGAGGACGGCGACGAGGACUACAGUGACGAGGGCGACGAAGAAGACUUGAGCGACGAGGAAGAACCCGAGGAGAUACCGAGGAAUAAUCACGCCGCGGAUUUCUUUAGUUUUGGAAAUAGUCUUACAGUUCAGGGUGGAAUUCUCACGGUGGCGGACGAUUUGCUGAAGAAUGACGGUAAAAAGUUUAUCGAAAUGAUGGAACAGCUUGCCGAACGUCGAAUGGCACGGGAAGAAGACGCCAAGGAACAGUACUCCAACCAGAAUUAUGGGCAUCCUCCAAAUGGCGCAAUGCACUCUCACUCACAUGUUCACAAUCAUCCUCCGCCGCCCGAUGACGAAGGAGAUUACGAGGAUGACGAAGAGGACGAUGAGGGGGACUAUGAUGACAGCCAGGACGAGGAUUACGAUGAAGAGGAGAUGGAUACCAUGACGGAAGAGCAGCGGAUGGAGGAAGGGCGACGCAUGUUCCAGAUAUUUGCUGCGAGGAUGUUUGAGCAAAGGGUUUUGACAGCCUACAAGGAGAAGGUAGCGAAAGAACGUCAGCAAAAACUUCUCGAGGAACUUGAAGACGAAGACCGUGCCAAUUCGCAAAAAAAAGCGAAGAAAGCUAAAGAUGCCCAGAAGAAGAAGGACAAGCUUGCUCAGAAAAAGCAAGCGCUUGCGGAAGAGAAAGCUAAGCGCGAGUCGGAGAAAGCAGCGGAAGAGGCAGCGCUCCGUGCAGCAGAGGAGAAAAAGAUCCAAGAGCAGAAGCUAAGAGCUGAGGAGAAGCGCAAGAAGAAAGAAGCUCAGAAGAAAGCCGAAGAGGAAGAACGGUCACGGAAAGAAGCUGAGAAGCAGCGGCGCCUCCAGGAACAGAGAGAUCGCCAAGCGGAACUUGAGCGCAAGCAGAGGGAAGCUAAGGAGAAAGAACGAAAGGAGAGGGAAGAACUACGGCAAAAGGAAAGGGAUGCAAAGGAGUCUAAGGACCGGGAGGCAAAGGAGCGGCGAGAGAAGCAGGAGCGCGACAAACGCGAAAAAGAACUCAAGGCCAAAGCUGACAGGGAAGCCCGUGAGAAACAAAAGCGAGACGACAUAGCUGCCCAGCAAGCGGCGGUUCAAGCUGCUAAUACAGCGACCAUGGCAGCGAAGCGGCAACCCCCUGUUCCGAUUCCUGCAACUCUUCAGUCACAUGUAGCGCCCGUUGCUUCUCCUCAUGUUCCGGUCGCGACUCCAGCAAUACCGAAGGCUCCUACCCCUAUCAAAUUGCGUACAAGCUCUCAACAAGAUUCAAAUAGCUCAAUUCCCCAGACUCCACAAAGCAGCGCUCUGAGCCAGAACGCAUCCCCUGUACCAUCAACUCCACUGCAAGGUAGCCCGGGCCCAAUCGGCCCUCCUGGGAAGAAUCCGAUACAACAUCCGUUUAUACACCAACCACAAGCUACCUCGCCGAUACAUUCAGCUCUGAAGAGCCCGCCUGGGAUGCAAGCCAACCCCUUUGGUGGUAUGCCAAUAGGAAUGGGCUUCCAACCUGGGAUGCCUAUGAUGGCUCCAGGAUUUGAACGUAUGCACCACAAUCCAAUUUUUCCUCAUCAACAGCCCCUCGGAGGUCCUUUUAGGCCACUUGCUGGACCAAAUGGCAUGCCCAUCCACCCCGGAAUGAACAUGCACCAGAUGCCACAAGGCAGAGGCUUUCCAUUGCCUCACGGUCCUCCCGGGUUUCCGAACAUGCCAAACGGAAUGGGAGGUAUUGGGCAACUCUUUGGUCCUCCAAAGGACGCCCCACCGUCUCAAUCGCAUUCAAGACAGCCCUCUGCUUCAUAUGAGAAGCCUUUUGAUAACUUGAAUGGCGGGCCGCAGGCUCAGCCUAUUGCAAGGCCAGCUCCAAUUGGACGUCCUCCAAGUGUGGUGCAUGGUCACCGUAAAGAGGCUGGAAAUACCGAUAUGGAGGAUCUUACCAACCAACUCGGCAGCAGCGCUCUGCUAGAUGAUUCGGAUGAGCAACCUAUAAAUCCUGGCUUUGUUGGUCGGCGUUCGAGUGCCCUAUCCAAUCUAAACUCCAGACCAAACUUUCCUCCGAUGCCUUUUGGAAUGGAACCCACUUUCGGAAGUCCCAUACAUCCAUAUAAUACCUGGGGUGCACCACCGAAUCCUUUUGGACCGUCGUCCUUACCAGGCUCGAGCUUCUCAGGUGGAUGGGGUCCUGUUCUCAAUGGUUCUUUUGGUAGUGCUGCGCCAAUGGUGCGUCCUUCGCAGCCACGCUCUGUGGCUGUCCGCCUCAUGAUAUGUCGUGCUUGCAAAAACAUGGAGGGAACUUCACCAGAUGGGUUCAACGACAUGAAUGUGAUCAAAGAGCAAAUCGACCAUUUCAACCCUGGCAACGAGCCUAUCUCUGAAAAGGAGGUCCUCGAUAUCUGCGAGACCGAGGGCAAUUCGAUCAACGGCGGUGGCUCUUUUGAUAUUCGCAGGGAUGAUAACGGAUGCUUCAUCCGACAUAAUAUUGAGAACGAAAACACGUCGGCGCAUCGUCCUGUUAAUCCACCGGGCGAGAUCGGUAGUCCUAUUGUGAGCAACGACAGAACGCCUCGAUUUCCUGGUCCUCCUCCUGGCCUUUAA